AUGCGCGGCUUUCUACAGCGUCCCCGGUUGUGUCGGCAGACACUUGACUGGCGCGCGUACUCUGUUCGAAACAUGGGUUCGACCACCACCGGCGUGCUCUACGCCCUGACGGUGGCUAGCUCUCCAGCCAGACCGGCCCCGGAAGAUGCUCUACAGAAGAGCCAUCAUGCCCAGUCCGGGUUCAGGAAUCCUUGGGAGCGCCGAGUGACUGGUAGAGCAAAUGUUCCUGACACCACUGGCCCAACGGUUCCGGUUCAAAAGCCCGAAUUCCUCCCGAGUCGAGAUACCCCCAACCUGCGCGCAACAUGGCUUGGACACGCUUGUUACUAUGUCGAGUUUCCCGGGGGUCUUCGUGCUAUCUUUGAUCCAGUCCUCGAAGAGCGAUGCGGGCCAUACAACAUGCUCGGACCGAAGCGCUACACGGACGCUCCGUGCCAAAUCAUGGACAUCCCCGUGAUUGACGCUGUUUUCAUUUCCCAUAAUCACUAUGACCAUUUGUCCUAUCCUGGUGUCAUGGAAAUUGCCAAGAAACAUCCCAAUUGCCAUUUCUUUACCCCACUUGGUGUUAAGUCUUGGUUCGCCCGCUGUGGUAUUGAGAACGUCACCGAGCUGGAUUGGUGGGAUGAGCGCGAUAUCACUCUCUCCCCAUCUAUGGAGAAGGCUACUCAUGUCGAGGCCGUAGGUGAAUCUAACUCCAUUGCGGCCGAGAUCAAGGGCCGAAUCGGCUUCUUGCCCGCGCAGCAUGUAAGUGCUCGUACUCCAUUUGACCGAUACCAAACACUGUGGGGUUCAUGGUCACUUGAGUCUGGGGGCAAGAAGGUAUACUUUACUGGAGACACCGGAUACAGAAAGGUCCCUGAGCUUCCCGAAGGAGAAGACGACCACGACCCGAAGCACAACUUCCCCAUCUGCCCUGCUUUCAAGCAGGUGGGUGAGUUCCGGGGUCCAUUCGAUCUUGGCCUGAUUCCCAUUGGUGCAUACGCUCCCCGUCAUGUGUGGAGUGCCGCUCACGCAGAUCCCCAUGAUGCGGUGGAGAUCUUCAUGGACACCAAGUGCAAGAAGGCUCUCGGUAUGCAUUGGGGAACUUGGGUUCUCACUGAGGAGGAUGUCCUCGAGCCGCCUGAGAAGUUGAAGACGGCCCUCAAGGCAUUCGACAUGCCCGAGAAGGGUGUAUUUGAUGUUUUAAACAUUGGUGAAAGCCGAGAGUAUUGA